GAUCCUAACCGUCACCAGCACAUAAAAGCGCGGAUAACGGAGAUGAUUCCCCUCACACAGCGACACGAAACGGAGCAAAGUGUACGCAGAUGGCAGCGAAGAAGUGUCCUGUCAGUUUCCACACACCUCUGGAUGUGACGCGCUCCAAGUAGCGGGAGUUUACCGUGACAGACCGCAGGUGGGAUUCACAUAAGAGGAGAGCUCGGAUUUGACUUUUUGUUGGACAUGGGACCGGGUCUCGUCUGUUUUGGAUACGGUACCGGAGGAACCGCGUCUUCUUGAACGGAGAGCUGUCGACAGUAGGACACCGACGAGAUGCGCUCCGACCACGGCUUCAUCCUGCUGCUCCUCAACGGGACAGCCUGCUUGCUGGCUCUAGGACAGGAAGAUACCCACCCGUCAUCUUCCUUCCCCUCGUCUACGUCUAAGUCCUCCUCCUCAGCAGACUCCUCCAAAACUCUGGGGGUUCUGGGAUCUCAGGGUUCCAUUUCACCCCUGAGUCGCUGGGUGAUGCACAGCCGCGGCCGUGCCUCCAACACUUCCACAUUGGAGCUGCCCUAUCGUUCGCCGGUGCCCUUUUCCAAACAGGAAUUUUGGGAGAUGCUGGGCAGCGAUCUUUUCAAAUCAGACACGGACGCAUCGGGGAACUCGCGUGUCAAGCGCCGCCCACCAAUCGUCAAAACGGGCAAAUUUAAGAAGAUGUUCGGCUGGGGCGACUUCUACUCCAACAUCAAGACGGUGCGCCUCAACCUACUCAUCACGGGUAAGAUCGUGGACCAUGGGAAUGGCACUUUCAGCGUCUACUUCCGUCACAAUUCCACCGGCCAGGGGAACAUCUCCGUCAGCCUGGUACCUCCGGUGAAGGCUGUGGAGUUCGACUUGGAGCGCCAGAGCGUGGUAUACCCUAAAGACUCGAAGAUCUUCAACUGUCGUGUAGACUACGAGAAGGUGGACCGCAGCAAACGCACCUCGCUCUGCAACUAUGACCCCUCCAAGACCUGCUUCCAGGAGCAGACACAAAGCCACGUGUCCUGGAUCUGCUCCAAACCCUUUAAGGUCAUUUGUAUCUACAUUUCCUUCUACAGCACAGACUACCGACUGGUGCAGAAGGUCUGUCCAGACUAUAACUACCACAAUGAGAUGCCCUACCUACCCUCAGGCUAGAGCUUCGUGGAGCAAUGGUCUGGGGCAAGGAGGGCUGGUUGGGGAGAAGGAGUUGGUAUACAAAGCAACAGUUCUAUUACGGAUGUGAAGAUGAAUGUGCAAUGCUAAUAUGGGAGGGUUUUUUUAAAGGACACAGAAGUCCUUAUCUAAAGACUCUUCAGAAACUUAUCACUGAGCUGAUAUGAAACACCCCCUCAUGAUCUGAACAUCACAGGUGGUUCUCUAAAAGGUGAAUGUACAGUAUUCGACGUGCUGCAGUUGAUGUCUUGAAGACCCUCUUAAGCAACCUGGCAAAUGUGACUUGCAAAAACACAUAUAUGCAAAACCAAAUGGUCAGGCCCAGGUGCUCAGGGUGGAAGUGUCUGCUACAUCAGUCCGAGUCCCUGAUUGGCUGCGCUCAUCAGUUUCCAGUGUUGCGGUCUUCUAAUUAACACUUAGGAACAAGAAAAUAUGCGGGUCACCAAAGGCUGCUAUGCAGAGGUGGAAGACGUUGCUGACUUGGUGUACACUCUUAAAAAUAACGGUUCUUUUUUAGCUUCUAUGGUUCUUUAAUAUCCAUGGAACCUUUCCAUUGCACAAAAGGUUCUUUAAAUUAUUACUUCACUUUAAGGUUCUUCUGGGAACCAAAAACUGUGAAUCUAUGGAAUCGCUAAACCCCCCCUUGAACCUUUACUUUUAAGAGUGUAGCUUGUUUUCCC